AUGACGGCUGCGGAGCUGGGGCCCGGAGGGGCGGCGGGCGGGCGGCGCUGGGGCUUCCAGGCGCUGUCCCUGGUGCUGCUGCUGGGGCAGGGCGCGCUGCUGGACCUCUACCUGAUCGCCGUCACCGACCUGUACUGGUGCAGCUGGAUCGCCACCGACCUGGUGCUGGCUGCCGGCUGGGGCAUCUUCUUCUGCCGCAACAGCCGGGCGCGUCGCCGCGAGCGGCCCCCGCCGCCCCCCGGUCCGCCGCCGCCGCACCCGCUGCUGCUGCACGGCCCCCCGGGAGGGCGCGGGGCCGGGGGGCGCGGGGCCGGCGGCCCCCCCCGAGGCGGCGACUUCGCCUACGCGCACCUGGCCUGGCUCAUCUACUCCAUCGCCUUCACGCCCAAGGCGGCGCUCAUCCUGGGCACCUCCAUCCUGGAGCUGAUCGAGCUGCGCCUGCCGCUGGGCACCACCGGCUUCCGCAUCACCCUGGCGCUCUCCGCCCCGCUGCUCUACUGCCUGCUGCGGGCCAUCGGCGCCGAGGGCUCCGGGCAGCUGCUCCUGCCCCCGCAGCCUCCGCCGCAGCACCGCGCCGCAGCCGCCUUCCUCGCCACCUGCCUCGACCUCCUCGACAGCUUCUCCCUGCUGGAGCUGGUGCUGCAGCCCAGCCGCCCCGCGCCGCUGCCCGCCCCGCUGCGCUACCUCCUCAUCGCCGUCUACUUCCUCUGCUUGGCCUCACCGGUGCUGUGGCUCUACGAGCUCAGCGCCGCCCGCCCGCCCGGAGCCGCACGUCUCACCCUUCACCUGCUGCUGCCCGCCGGGUUGCUGGACGCGCCGCUGCUGGCGCUGCGCUGCCUCCUGCUCCUGCGCUACCAGCAGCCGCUCUCCCUCUUCAUGCUGAAGAACCUCUUCUUCCUUGCCUGCCGUGGCCUGGAGGCCCUGGAGACCUGCUGCCUCCUGCACCCCACUGCCACCUUGCCACCGUCCAAGUACGGCUCUGCUGCCGGGCCCCCCGCCGCCGCCCCGCUGGGCCACGGGCUGUCCGACGUCGACGUGGGCCCUCAUGGUUAUGUCAAUGCGCUGGCCGUCACUGCUCAGGGCUGAGCCUGCCGAGCUCCGCCAGUCUCUCUGUGUUUCUGCUCAGGUUCCCUCUGCUGUGGCCAAGCGUGGGAAGGGACAUGGACACCCCGCCGGACUCCUGCUGCCCUCCCUGUCCUAUAGACAGUGCCCUCAGCAGAAGCAUGAUGCGAACCCUCCUACCUGCCGGAGCCCAUGGCCAACGUUUCACCCCUGGAAAACACAUCUGCCCCUCACCAUGGGUCCUCUUCCAGUGUUUUUGCCUCCCCACACUGCCUGGAGGAUCCCACUCUUUCCCCUCCACUCCCCACCAAGACAUUGUGUUGCUUUGUGACCAUAAAGGUUUGAUUUUCUUUUCUUCCCCUAACCAACAGGGACCGUACACUCCCCACUCCUUCAGGAACAACUGUUGACCAGCCAUGAGAUGCGAGAGGGGCCUGAGCAGCAGAGAUGUGCCUUCUUGGUGCGUGCAGGACAAGAACAAGCACUCUUGGUUUCCACCGGUCUCACAAAGCCACCCCUAUGACCCAGCAGAGCUGGGAAGGUUGGGGAGGAGCAGCUGGGGAACGCCUGGAAGCACACCGGCCAUCUGCACAUUUCAAGCCUUGAAGCCACUUCCUCCGAGCUGUAAAUGUCUACCUCUGUGCUUCAACCUUUGGCAUCUUACGUUGACUUCGCACGCUAAAGAAACAAAUGAAUCCAAAAUGGACAUUGUCCGGGGGAUCGCUCCCACCGAGACACUGACUUCUGGUGAGAACAGGGUUUAGGCAGCCUCCUGCUGGCUUCACACAGCAGCGCCCGCUUGCUGGGGCGCUCGUUUCUCUGUGAAUAUGCAUGUUUGUGGGAUCAAUGUUGGUUUUCCUUUAUGCAGUGUAGGGACUCCCUUCAUGUAGGGUGGGAGGGCUGGAAAGGUCCCCCCUGACCUCUUCCCACAUCUGCUUGAGAGAGCAGCAGGGCAGCUCCCAAAUGACAGCUGUUGUGCUGCCUGGGGCCUGUGCUCCAGGUGUGUGUGGUUAAGGGUGGUAGGGGAGCGGUUAGUUGUACUUACAGUCUCAUAGAAACACAGUUAUCUUUGAUAUUAAGCUCCAUGCAUGCGUGGGGUGGGUUGCGGCCUGCUCUUCAGCCUGGCUCCAGCCGCUCCCCAGACUGGCUUCACCGAAGCAGGAGCACAGAGGCCAUGCUUGGAAGAAUACCUUUGCCACCUACAGGCCUCUAUUUUGCUCCCUGGCCAAGGCUGCUGUUAUUGGCUCCCUGUUCAGAGCCUUUUUCAAGCUGUCCUGACUGCAGCAGUCACAAGAGCCCAGCGCCUCCUCCACAGAGCCAGCAGCAGGACGCAGGCCCGGCCCAGUCCUGCCCACACCCACCUCUUCCAGGGCUCCGGCCUCCAGCCGUUCACACAGCAGGGCCCGCUCCAGUGGACAUGUUUACAGCAGUGCCAACUUCCAGCUCCCCCCAGCAGAACUGCGUGCCCUCAGAUGGCCAACAGGCCUCCAGGGUACAUAAACAACGGGGCUAUAGCGCUGCUCUGCUCUGAGCUGGGAGGGGAGACCCGCUGCUCUCCCCCUGCCAAACAGAGCCAGCACAGACUCGGCUUCACUUUCCCACCAGUGCUUUAUUUUUAACCUGAGACCUCAGGUGGGCACUUGUGUGAAUUUUGGCCAGUGGCCUUCUCUUCAGUAAUUCCUUUUUUUUUGUCUGGACAAUCCUGGUGCUGUGAGUGACCGUGAUUGUAAAACUAAGUACUGUGAAUUUUUCCUAUGUGAUGUGAGCUGUGUCUAGGGGAUGCUACUGUCCUGGCCAAAGGGCUGCAGUCGCAGGUCUGUUGGGGUCGUGCAGAUACUUGUUUCUUUGCACCUGCCUUUUCAAGCAUUAAAUGGAUAGUUAAAGCUCAGAAAGAGCUGCAAUACUGCUUAGGGAGAAUGAGAAGAUACUUGCACCUAGGAGUCCUCCAUGCUUCAGUCAAAAGCAAAUGAUAUGUGCCAAAAAUACAGGGAAGGAAGCAAAAGCUAUUCAUCCUCAGCUCUGUUUUGCUGCUCCUUAUGGCGUGGUUCACCACAGCACCAAAAUGAGUAGAACAUCCCUAAUGCAUGCAGGCAUAAGCAUAGCUGAGACACCGGAAGAAUCACAGCAGAAUUAAUGCAUCUUACUUAUUCAGUAUUCCCUCACAGCUGCUCUUUCAAUAGCGAGUGCCUUUUUCCAGCUAAGACUUUAGUGAGAAAAUGGCACAUUGGAAACUGAAGUAGCCAUGGAAUUUUCAAGCCUUUGACUACAUUGAAAUUACAGUUCAAACUUGUCCCCUUACGCAGUCACUACCUGGGGCAGACGACACCACAAAAUGAUGCUGCUGUUGCAUCAAAUCCCUCAAUUGGAGCUGCCCUCCAAUUACUAACUAUGAAGAAGCAAUUAAAGCUCUGCAGUGUCUCAUUCAUAAGCUCACCCCACCUUUUCAACUCCCUUUUCUUUGUUAAUUGAGCUCUCAUGUCCAUUUAGACCCUUCUGCUGCAUAACAGAUCCAUCCGCAGAAGAAAGGGACAGUGGUGCUGUCCAAGAGCAAACAGUACCUCACCCAACACACCUUGCACGCCUACUAUCUCAUGCCCAAUAUUAAUUACUGGUUCAGGUCGAUAAUACUUUGCAAUAUCAAGUUGUGCCAUAUGAAAACAUACAUCCCUUGGGGUCCUGUUACAAGGUUUGUAGGAGAGCCCAGCUAUUUAGCAUUCUGUUGCUCUCCUCAUAAAAGAGAGACCAUUCCCAGGAUGUGAAAGUGAAGUGAGAGAUGAGGCCUGUGGCCAGUGGACACUUGGCAUCCCCCUGGCAUUAAUCAGAAGCUGUAUUUUUUAAAAAGCAAGAUUGUUAAAAUAAAAUUAGAAACUUGUGACUGA